AUGGAGGCACAAUGCCUUGGUCGGUCGGAGAGUGCGCGCAGCGCCCGCCUUUGCUUCACCGCCGUCGCGCCCGAUUCCCCCGAGAGCCCUCAGAUCUUCCUACGCAGACCUUCGCCUUGGAGCGACCAGGGAAGAAGCCCAGAAAAUGAGAGCUCCUUCCGUAACAUGCGAUCCUGGGCCGAGCUUCAAAUUCGGCCUGAGGAGGUCGAGGGCAAGGCCUUGGGGAAGGCCUCUGGCAAGGCCUUUGAGGAGGCCUCUGAGGAGGAGAAAGCUUGUGACUCCUGCGGCCGGCUGCUCACUUCAGGCAAAAAUGUCACCGUGAGCUUGGCGGAUCUGAAUUUGAUUAUUGUGGGAAGUGGACCUGUGGCGGCAGAGAUCCUACAUCGGAGACGACUUGCGGGCGGCCGGGCAUGUUUGUUGUGGACCGAGCAGAUGCCGGUUCUUUCAAACAUGGCUACUCUUAACCUACACCCCUUGUCUGAGCUUCGUCGUGCUGUCUUCAGUCUUCGCGACUUCUGUUGGCAGCCCCCAAGUAUGACUCGCACCAAUGUGCGUGAAGUCGAGGAGCUCAAGGCGGCCUACCGAUGCUGGUCAUCUGCAGUUUGCAGGCAGGGCCCCGACAUAGUCGCAUUGGAGGACGGUCAGGUCUACUCCAUCACUCAGGAUGUUCAGGGUCGAGCUUGUGGUAUUGAGGUCCUUGACGGCCUUGAUGGCACUCAGCUCUGGUCUAUGUGUGGUGCGGUUGUCUUUGCUGGAGAGGCGUUUGGUGAACAGCUGAAGGCCGCGUGCGACACGAUGCAUCUUGCACAUGAGCUAGAUUUGAGCGUGCACUUCGAGGAUGCGAAGCCAUUGACCACGAUGAGUGCCAGGACUUGCUUCUGGAGUUGUCUGUACAGUUUCGUCCACUUGACCAUCUACUGCUGGUUCAUGCGUAUCUUUGAGACCCCGAACACGCCAGAUCAGUUGCCAUGGUGGCGUGGCACUUUCACCGUAGGGCUUUUUCCAUAUGGCUUUGCGGCAUAUUACGUUUAUUGGGCAAACUGCCUCGCUGGCACCAAGUUCCCAUUGGGAAUGCGCCUCUUUGGGGGCCUUUCCGCGUGCAUCCUGUUCUCUUUCUUUUUCAUCUGGUCAAGGCAGGCAUCAGGAGAUUACCGCCCUCUCUUCUCGGCCUUCUUUGUCGGCGCUGUCGCUUACACCUUUGUCUCGGUAGUCUUUCAUGCGGUCUGGUACACUUGCUGUGCCCGCUUUCAGAUUUCCUCGAAGGAGGACCCUGAUAACAGCGAAGGCGGUGAAGCAGCAAAGUCAGCUCACAAGCUCAACCACGUUCUGUGGACUUGCGCGCAUAUCCUCUUUACGUUUGGCAGCUGGAUACUCUUGUACUUUGUUUCAAUGUUGUUCAUGAACCUCGAGAGCUACUCGAAGAGUUGGGCGGCUGUGUUUCUUACUGUGGCUACGAAUUUGACAGAAAAGUUUGUAAGCAGCAUGACCACCUGGCUUUACACCGGCCUUGUCUACAACGUGCGCUCUCGGCCGGAUGGGAAAGGAAUCCUAGGCGAUCAGCGGAAGCAUCUCAUGCUGCCGGUUGCACUGACGCACUCCUUCUGCGAGAGUGCACGCCUUGUGAGCCUGCUCUCUGUUACCAUGUGCACUGGUGGAUGGUGGUGGCCAUUCAAUAUUGCGUUGAACCUGAGCGCGAAUCUGCUCGAGCGCAGCUACGGCACCCUCAGUUUGCUGGCCUACUUCUUUCCAUUCCUGGCCAGGUGGUGGCUCCCCGGCAUCGGCAUGGUACUGCAUCAGGAGGCAAAGCUUUGGUCAGGAUAUGCUCAGUAUGUCUCCGUACUAGCCUUCUUGACGGCAGAUAUCAUCUCGGGCCAUUGGGCCAGCUCUGUCUUCAACAUUGAGUCCAUAUGCCUCAUGAUUACAUGUGUCCUCGCCGAGCUCGUGGAGGACUUCGUGAUCAGCUUUAGGAUGCAGCCGAACAGUUACUGGCGGCAAGCUCUUCUUGAAGUGUAUGCAGCGCAUCCCAUCCUGCAUCCACGGCAGCUCUUGUGCAUCGACAAGGUUGGAGUUGCAUGGGCUUCGCCACCGCUCUCUUUGCACGGCACUGGUAUCUUGGACUUGUGGGAGGUGGCCGCGUUCAUGCUUCCAGCUACCUAUUUCUCCUUGGUACUGAUGACCCUGCUUUUGGGUGCUGGCUACAUGCAUGGAGUCUGCCCGAACCCUCUGCCAGCAGAGAUGACCACCUACUCCUCCGCCAAUACUUGGUUCAUCCGAGUUUCCAGUGGUUGCAGCAUGAUCCUCGUCGUCUUGGGGACCACUGGCUUCGGGCGCAAGGCAGACAUUUGGAGCUUCGGCUGCACGGUCCUGGAGGCCAUGACGGCGGAGCCUCCAUGGGGCAAAGGUGCCAUCGAUGGCGCCCCUGCAGCUAUGAGGAAGAUUGGCUACUCGACCGAUACUCCACCCAUCCCCGAGGGCACUUCUUCCGGCCUCCUGGCCUUGCUCCAAAGCUGCCUUCAGCGAAGUGCCGAUCUCAGGCCUACAGCCACCGAGCUCCUGAGCUGUGAGUACUUCAUGCCGCCGGUCAAGGACGAUCUCAGCAAGGAAUCCCAAUUGCGGUCAUGUGGUAAGGGCGGCCAUGCGGUCUUCUGCGGCAGGUUCGACACUCCGCAGACCGUCACAAUCGGACGCCAGGAGGUGCAGGCAGCAGAAGCACAGGAUGUCGACAUGGAGGCUGAUGAUGACGACGAACCAUUCGAGACGGAGGACGAUGCCGCCGAGCCAGGGGAGGACCGACGAGAGGACGUUCUCCAGUGCCGCGCUUUGGCCGAGCGGGCCCUCAGGAAUGGAGAUGCUGCCGAGGGAGUGCGUCUUCUUGAGAAGGCCAUGCGCCUGGGAGGAAGCAAUUGCCCAGGUGUUGAGGAGUUGCUGAGGGCUGCUCGGGUGCAGCUCGGUUCUACUGUGGCUACAGCCCAGCGUGCCGAGCCCGCGAAGGCGGACCCGCAGCAAAACGGAGGCACCGUUGAGGGCAGAUAUGUCUGGUCCCAGACGAAGGAGGCAGUAGAGAUCAACCUCUUCGUGCCGCCGGACACAAAGGCCAAGGACAUCAAGGUGGAGGUCUCGGAUCUUCGUUUGCGCAUCUCCGGCGCUGGGCAAACUUUUUUGGAGGGCGACUGGGAGUUCAAGGUUUCGCCAGAAGAGGACCCGGACUGGGAGCUCGUCACCUGCCAGGAGCGGCGGGCCUUGCGUCUCCUGGUGCGGAAGGCCACCAUGCCUGGGGGGAUGUCCGUGGCAGUGUGGUGGAGCAGGAUCCUGAAAGGGGAGCCGUCCAUCGACGUCCAAGGAAUAGAGGCUCGACAGCGAGAUCAAGACAAGAGCAAGCA